CCGUGCAAGGUAGGAUCGCGACUCUUUGGACACAGCCUCGAAGAUCGCGUCUGCCCAACCCACUACCGCAAAGGACGCGACGACACCAGCGGAUACCUCCGUCGAUCCAGCCACAACGCCGCAUUCCACAUGGACAGGUACUCCGACUCAGAAACUGGUGCGAAUCGAGAGAAAGGGGGAAAGAAAUCAUGGACGGCGCAUGAAGAUCAACAGAUCGUCAAGCUCGUGGGUCAGCUCGGGUGCAAGAAUUGGUCCAAGCUCGCCAAGAUCCUGAACGAAGAAUGCGGAAGCAGGAACGGUGUCGAGCGAAGUGGGAAGCAGUGCCGAGAACGAUGGCACAAUCAUUUGGAUGCAUCAAUCACGAAAGGUCCAUGGACAAAGGAAGAGGAGGUGCUCCUAGUUGCUGCCCAUGCCGAGCACGGAAACCAAUGGAGUAAGAUAGCGAAACUCUUUCAUGGACGCACGGACAACGCCAUCAAGAAUCGAUGGUUUGCCAAACAGCGACGGGAGUCUCGCCGUAGUGUGAAAGCUCAGAUGACAAGGACGACAACGCCGCCGUCGGCGUUUUCGGACUCGGACGAAGCGCAGCUUACGCCACGCCACACGACCCACGACCGCGUCCGAGCGUUGUGCUCAGAGUACGGCGGUAUUUCGCCGAAGCCUCAGUCAUGGAUGCAGCAUCCCCUCUCCAAGCAUGACAUCGACCACUGCUUGACUUCGGCGGCGUGGAACCAGGAAGUCCCAUAUCUGUCCGCAUCCCUUUCUCUCUCUCAGCAUCACGCUACUCCAUGGCGAGCGUUGCACCACACCUUGGAUGAGAUGGGCACGUUCGACUUGUCCAUGAUGCCCGACGACGAUGUCGAGAAUGCCAUGGACGCAAGUGCAUACUCCUUUUCGAUGCCACAUAUUUGUGCGACCAGGCCAACAUCACCAGCAAGAGACGUCCACCAGCGUCGCGAUGUCGCUCCACCCCUUCCUGGGAGCGGGUUCCCCUUGGUGGAAAUAGAUUUAGAUUGGACAGAUAAAGUCUUGAUUUGAGCAUAGCCUCUCGACUUUGAUUCCUUUCUUUCAUCCGACACCACCACUCCGUCAGAAGUGUCAUGUCAGCACGACAGUUCGCACUUGUCGCCGUGAAGGGGCACAUCCAAAUCAAGUUGCAACGUGAGCCUGCAGCCAGUAUCCCAACCAUUAGUCCCCACAGUUAACAGCCUAGUUGGCCUUCUUGUCCGCCGCCGAGCGCCACCGACCUGGCCAAACCAACCGCCGC